AUGUCCGCGUUCAAGCUGCAGAACGACAACCAGUUCGUCCGAACCGUGGACGGAUCUCCCGACAUUCACGUCGUCGAAUACAUGGACGACCUGAACGCGUUCGACCUCAUCCACGUCAGCAGCUCGAGGUGGCGUGACUCCAUCGCCGUCGGCCCUUCUGCUGGCGCUCGGUUCAAGAAGCUGGAGGUCCACGGCGUGACGAUACAAGGCAGCCGACUGGAAGAGCUGGUCAAAGAUCUGACCUGGGUUGACCCCAACGGUCGGAGGUUUUUCCCCGUGGUCAACCGUCAAGGACUCUGCCUCGUGUACGUCGGGUGCGAGCCGAUCAAGCGGGUGAGGAUCAACGACCAUUUCGGCUGGUCAAAGUACGGGGUGAAGCCCGUGAUUAGCACGAUAUGGAGCAUUUGGGACAUGAGCAGCGGUGCCGUUUUGGUCGCCCCUCCAAUUGCUCAAGGCGGGGAUGAGGGCGACGAUGGGAGCAGAUAUUCGGUUUUGUACGAAAGUAGCUGGAAGAAGAUCGUGGAGGAGAAGGACAAGACUGAGUCAUUGCUGAGGAAGUGUCUAGAAGAGAAGGAGAAGGAGAAUGCUGCUCUCAAGGCUGCCCUGAAAGCCCUCAGUACCGAUGAUCACGUCUAA